UCACGAUUACUAAAUACUGAAAUAAGUGUGUUACUAGAACAUGACACCGUGUUUGUCGUUUUCAUGAAUAUAUUGUGAACUGAAUUUCUUUCUAGAAAUGAUUGCAUGCUGAUAAACCGCUGCUUUGUUUAAGUGUUUACUUUAACAAUGUUUAUGCCGGUUUUAUAGCAGACGACUUUUUUGUGUGCGAUUAUUUCAAUUAGGAGUUAAACAGAAGAAAGUGAAAAAAGAAAACAUGACUUUCCCAGUAGACCACAAAACAGUUUUUGUUCUGGACCGAAGUCCAUUGUUUGCUUCAUCUUGUAAUCAAAGCAUAGAGUACGAUGUUAUGUCGAAAACGAGAACCCCUGGGAUUAUACCAGCAGCACCGAUCAUGAAAUCGCUGUGGACAUGUAACGUAGAAGUUAUGGCAGAAUAUAUGCGUAUUGUUUACGAUAUAUUUCCUUCUAAAAAACUGAUACGAGUUGUGACAGGAUCACAGUCACUGAAUGGUUGGACACAGAAGGAUCAGAACAUCCAACAUGUGAUGCUGGGCUUGGGUCAAAUUGGACCUCCCAACCCCAGAAGUAAAGAGGAUGAUUACAGUAUGAUGCAUGGUCUGUCACAUGCCAUCGAGAUCAUGUGUGAACCAACAGAGAUUCAGGCCGAAGAUAUGGAUGUGAUCCAGAACAGGGGACGCAUCAUCUGUCUAACGUCCGUCAAAAGUGAGGCGCAGAUAAGGAUGUUGGAGGAAUGUGUAACUGAUGCCCUGAAUCAACACAACAAGUUGGCUGCAGCUUCAGACAGGUAG